AAGAAGCAGCAGCGGUUUAAAGAUGGCUCUUGACAGCAGCGAUGUUUCUCCAUGCGGCUGUAAAGGCAUACGGCGGUGUCUUAUUUGCGAAAAGUCUAAGGGAGAAACUCAGCCUGAUACAUUCAAACCUGAGAAGAAGAAGACUGUGCACCAUUUCAUCUACAAUCUUGAGCAAAGAAUUGCUGAGUGCAAAGAUGGAGAAGGUGCAUCGUUUCCUUUUCCUGGUGUCUUCCUUUGGGAGGACUUCAUAACUGAGGAGGAGGAGAAGGAGCUGGUCGGCCACAUGGACCAGGAUGUCUGGAAUCCGUCGCAGUCCGGUCGAAGGAAACAGGACUAUGGUCCAAAGGUGAACUUCAAGAAAAGGAAAGUACGUCUAGCAAGCUUUAAUGGACUCCCUGCUUUAAGCCAGAAACUGGUGCUGCGGAUGCAACAAGUGCCAAACUUAGAGGAUUUCCAGCCGGUGGAGCAGUGCAACCUGGACUAUCACCCUCAGCGAGGCUCCGCCAUUGACCCGCACCUAGAUGACUCCUGGCUGUGGGGGGAAAGGCUGGUCACGCUCAACAUGUUAUCAGAUACCGUGCUCACCAUGUCUCUGGAACAGGGCCUGCCAGAGCAGGGGCUGACGGGGGAAGUCUGCGUGGCCGUACGGCUUCCUCGGAGGUGUUUGGUGGUGUUAUACGGUGAGGCCAGGCACAGAUGGAAACACGCCAUUCACAGGGAGGACAUUCAGGAGCGCCGAGUCUGCAGCACAUACAGAGAGCUCUCUGCAGAGUUUCUGCCUGCAGGGCAGCAGGUGAAGCUGGGAGCCGAGCUGCUGAAUAUUGCUUCGACUUUUAAAGGAACUCCAGUAUAAACUCACCAUACAGCAAAAGCUCCACAUCUUUUGAACUUUAAUUAAGUGCACAAAAGUGAAUUCUUGCCAUUUUUACUGCCCCCACUGCCCAAGCAAGGCAAACAAUCUUUAAUCUUCCUUAAACUAUAGUGAAGAAUAAUGUAACACUGCUAACUUACUAAAACAGCAAUUUUUUGUUUAUU